AUGAUUUUCAAAUAUCCAAGAAAAGUAAGACAUGGAGCAAUUAGAGAUGUUGCAAGUAUAUACUCUGUUUCUACAAGGACGGUUAGUCGAAUAUGGAAAAAGGGGAUUGAUUGUGUUAAACAUGGUGUGCCGGUUGAUACUUCUUUGAACUUGACAGGAAAUGUUGGCAGAAAAAGGAUUCAGAUUAGUCCUGAUGAAGUUUCCAGAAUUCCUUUGAAUCGUCGUACAACAAUUCGGUCAAUGGCUACUGCGCUAAAUAUGUCAAAGACAAGUCUGCAUAGAAGAGUAAAAGAAGGAUCCUUGAAGUCACACUCAAAUGCUAUAAAGCCAUUAUUAACAGAGGAGAAUCGAAAGGUUAGAUUACAAUUUUGCAUAUCUAUGAUUGAUUCGAAUUCACCUCCACAUAAUCCAUCUUUCAUAGAUAUGUAUGAUCGUGUUCAUAUAGAUGAAAAAUGGUUCUUCCUCUCUAAAUCUUCUCAAAAAUAUUACCUAUUGCCCGGUGAAGAUGAACCAUACCGUACUUGUAAAAGUAAAAAGUUUAUAGCCAAAGUGAUGUUUCUAUGUGCUGUUGCCCGGCCACGAUUUGAUUCAGGGAGAAAUGAAAUGUUUGAUGGAAAAAUUGGAAUAUUCCCAUUUAUUUAUAAGGAAGCAGCUAAGCGUAGGAGUAAAAAUCGAGAAGCCGGAACGUUAGUAACUAAGCCAAUUGAAUCUGUAAAUAAAGAAGUUACUAGGAAAUGGUUGAUUGAUUAUGUAUUGCCUGCAAUACGGGCAAAAUGGUCACUUAGUAGUUCAAAGUCUAUAUUUAUUCAACAAGACAAUGCAAGGCCACAUAUUAGUGUAAAUGAUGCUGAAUUUCUUGAGGCUGCCCAAAAAGAUGGCUUUGACAUUCGCUUAACAUGUCAACCUCCAAAUAGCCCGGACAUGAAUGUGCUAGAUCUUGGCUUUUUUAGAGCUAUUCAGUCUUUGCAAUAUCAAGAAGCCCCACGUAAUGUUGAUGAACUUGUUGUUGCUACUCAAAAGGCUUUUGAUGAUAUAUCAAUAGAAAGUCUAAGUAAUGUUUUUUUGACUCUACAACUAUGCAUGGUUGAAGUCAUGAAAAGGUUUGGAGGGAACAAUUACAAGAUUCCACACAUAAAUAAGCAAAAGUUGGAACGAGAAGGUCGACUACCUACCACCAUCUCCUGUGACAUGGAAGUUUUAAAUGAAGCAAUUUCAAGCCUUCAACAUUAA